AUGCUCAGUGCGAUUGCUGCACGGAAGGCUGCUACAGCUGCAGCUGCGUCUGGUGGGGUUAAGGGUGAUUCAUAUUCGACAUCUGCAUCUACAUCGACGGUCUCCACUUCGAUAUCAACACCAAUAACGAAAUCAAAACCAAGGCCAACACCUUCGAAACGAAAACAUUCUUCAACGGGUGCGGCGUUGGACGGGUCUAUAACCGCGAAAAAGAGAAGGAGAAGGGAAAGAGAUGUACUAGAAAAGCCCCGGGCACCCAGGUCUCGAUAUUUUGAGCAAGGCAGACCAGCAGCGACAGAGGGGGAGGAUGGGGUCGGGAGGGAUGAGGAUGACGAGGAAGAGGAAGAGGAAGAUUGGGAUGGUUCAAAUUCGGAUGUAAAAGUUCAGACGACGGCUACGAGAGGAUAUUCACCUAGUCGGCCGAUAUCCCCCGACGACUCUUCUGAUGAAGAGCAAGUACAAAAUGGCAGCAUACAACCAGAACCACAAACACAAACACAAUCGCAGGUUUUAUUGACUACCUUUGUACCUAUCCCUGGACAAAACACGUUCUACCUCUCCCCAGAUGAACUCUCGCUUGUCCUAUCGGCUGAGAAAAGUACGGUACCUGCUACGCUGAUUGCACUCGGCCCCUCAGAAAACCUCACUCUCCUUGGGACGUAUCGAUUGACUGUUAUCCGUGGGUCUAUCGAGAUUGGUGGUGCCAUUCUACGUAGUCGGGUCCAUCCGGAAACACACAAUGUGUUUGCACCUCGAUCGUCCCCGGUUCCUUCCAUCCGUGUGGUUUCCUCAGCACCUUCUUCGCGUUCACCUGCUCUUUUUCCACUGAGGAUUCAACACGAAAUAGAUGCGCUUGUUGGAGAUCCUGUCUUGGUUUUAUUGCAGGAAUUACGUUCUGGGGUGGAGGCACUGGGCAAAGUCUGUAGGACGUUUGAUGGGGUUUUUGACGUGCACCCCAGGGAUGUCCUUAAUCGUAAUCGUGAAUUGGAGGAAGAAGCAGAGGACGUUCUUCGGUUGAGGUCUGUAAGAAUUAUAACUCAUCAAUCGAAAUACGUUUCUCCGCUUGUUAUUCCCCCGUCAUGGGAGAAAGCUUUGGAUGAAGUAUCCACCCAAAACUUGGAGUGCCACGACGACGACGACGACUCGGAAACAGAAAGAAAACACCCACCCAACAUAUACCUAAUCAAAGGACCCAAAAAGGUCGGUAAAAGUUCCUUCGCAAGGACGUUGGUGAAUAGGCUAUUAUCCCAACACAACACUAUAGCAUACCUCGAUCUUGACCCCGGUCAAUCAGAGUUUACACCCGCCGGAUUAAUUGCGCUUACGCUGGUUUCCGACCCCGUACUGGGUCCUCCUUGGACGCACCCGAGUGUUCCCUUGCGCGCGCAUUUCAUUGGCGCGUUCUCGCCGAAAGGGUGUCCGAGUUUGUAUGUGGAGGGUGUCAGGGAUCUGGUGAGGUUUUGGGGAGAGGAGGUUUGUUGGGGGGGAAGCAAAAGUGCGAUUCCACUUGUGGUGAAUACGAUGGGGUGGGCGAAAGGGCUUGGUGUGGAUUUGAUGAAGAGGAUUCAAGAUGUGUUGGUUGUUGAUGGGGUUGAGAAGGUUUCGUACGAGACGUGUUUUGGUUCUCGGAGCGGGAGCGAGUCUCGGGCUGUGAUGUGUGUGUAUGAAUUUGGGCAGUCGGAGAAUGAGAUGGGUAAUGGACGACAACGAGGAAUGGAUGGUUUGCCAUUGGAGAGGUCUUCGUUCUUUGGUGAAGGAGCUACUUCACGAGUCGAUUACCAUCAACAUCCUCCACCGGGAAUCCAGAUUCAUAACUUGGAACCUGUACCUGUGUCAGCCAGUAACACGUUGUCGUUGUUGUUCUCAGCGGCGGAUCAGAGAACGAUGAAUAUCAUGUCGUAUUUUCAUGCGGUAUUUCCUUCUUCUUCGUCCUCUUCGUCGUCGUAUACCGCGGCGCCCCAUUGGGAUGCUUCCCUCCCGCUUCUUGCGCGUCCGCCGUACCAGGUCGAUGUUGGACGCGCACUCGAUAGGGUGUUCCUUCUCGGAGGAGGAGGAGAGGUGAUUAAAGCCGAAAUUGAGAAUGUGUUAGGGGGCGCGGUGGUUGCGCUCGUUAGAUGCGAGCCUGGGACGUUAGAUGCGAUUGAUGAUAAUGAUGAUGAUUCGACGCAAGGUCAAAAUCAAUUGGGGGAGGUGGGGACGAAGAUACCGUAUUUCCCGACCUCGACUUCUGCAUCGUCUUACCCAUCUCCAUCGACCUCUUCUGCUGUCGGGUUGGCGCUGGUUCGGAGCGUCGCACCCGGGGGAUCUCAUUUACAUGUGUUGACGCCUUUGCCUUUGAGUGCUAUCCUCUCAUCAUCUUCGAUAUCCUCGGGUUUGAACUUGUCAAAGUCCUUAGAUAUGGGUAUGGGUAUGGGUAUGGGUACGGGCGCAGCAGGGGCGAGAGUCCUCGUUAAAGGGGAGAUGGAGAUUCCGAUUUGGGGAAUGGUUGAUUUUAGGAGGUUGGGGGGGAGGGGGGUGAAUGGGGGAGAAGGGGAAGAGCAGAGGGAUAUACCGUUUUUGCAGUGGGAGAAGGGUGUUGGGGUUGGUGCGGAGAGGAGGAGGGUGAGGAGGAAUUUGAUGAGGAAGGGGCAGGGGGUGUAG